AUGCAUAGUGGAGCUCGGGCCCGGCGGAUUGACUUAGAAACAAAAUUAAUUGAUGUAUUAAGAAUAUUUCAGAAAUUAAGAAUAUCAGCAUUACCUGUUGUCGAUAAAUCAAAAUGUUUAAAAGAUGUUUAUUCUAAAUUUGAUGUUAUGCAUUUAGCAGCUACACGUACUUAUACAAAUCUCGAUGUUGCAUUAGAAUAUGCACUGGAUGCAAUUCAUGAUAAAGAAACAAGACAAUUAGCAACAUGUAAAAAAUGUGAACAAUUAUUUGAAAUUAUGGAUAAAUUUGUUACUAGAGAAGUUCAUCGUCUAAUAGUGGUUGAUAAUGACUAUCGUAUUGUGGGAGUACUUUCUAUGUCUGAUUUAAUGAAAUUUCUUGUUACUACAUUUGAAUCUUUAAGUCGCUCAAAUUCUACGCAUUCAAAUUCGUUUUCGUAUUUAAUCGGCGAACCGAUGGACACACAAAUGUGA